UUACAGUUUCCUAGAAUGAGCGGCUUCGGGCAAGUACUCAAAGAGGUCGGGGAGUUUGGCGCAUUUCAGAAGCGCUUGCUAAUAGCAAUAUGCAUCCCAAACAUUUUUACUGCCUUUCACAUGUUUGGCCAGGUGUUCACAAGUCUUAAUUUCUCACAUCACUGUAAUACGGACUGGAUCCAGACCAAUGGCCCUAACUUGACCAAAGAACAACAACAAAAUCUCACAAUACCUUUGAACAAGGAUGGAGAGUACGAAUCUUGUAAAAUGUUCACAGAAGUGGAUUGGGAUAUUGAGUCGAUCAAAACCAACGGGAUAAAUAGUACCACGAAGUGCACUAAUGGGUGGGAUUAUGAAGCUCCUCAAGACACCACCAGUCUUGUGUCAGAGUUUAACAUGGUGUGUGAUAACAGAGGUCUAAAUGAGGCAUCACAGUCCAUCUACAUGGCUGGCCUUCUGGUUGGUGCUUUAGUCUUUGGGCCAAUGGCCGACAGGUAUGGUCGUCGCUUUGUGAUCCUCUUCUCCCUGCUCCUUCAGCUGCUCUUUGGCGUGGGGGCCGCAUUCUCACCCAACAUAUAUGUUUAUAUAGCUCUCCGCUUCAUAGUUGGAGCUACUAUUUCAGGCAUUGCCAUCAACACAUUUGUCUUAGGGGCUGAAUGGACAGGGACCUCCAGACGAGCCCUAUUCACUAUCCUCUCCCAUUGCUUCUACGCACUGGGCCUGAUACUGUUAUCAGGGAUCGCCUACUGGAUCCGUAAUUGGAGGAUCCUGCAGCUUGUCCUCUCCAGCCCUGUCUUGAUUCUUGGCAUCUUCUUUUGGAUUCUUCCAGAGUCGGCUCGCUGGCUUGUGACCCAGGGCAGGCAGGAGGAAGCUCGGCAGGUGGUCUGUGAGGCCGCCAGAAUGAAUGGGAGAUCCAUCCCUGAGGCUUUGCUAGACAAGUUGGAGUCUGAGGGUGCAUCCAAAUCAGGCAGUAUGUUGGACCUCUUCAGGAUCCCCUACUUGAGAAAGCGUGCUCUCACUUUGAGCUAUGUUUGGUUUGUGACCAGUUUGGUAUACUAUGGAGUGAGUCUAAACGUGGGUAACUUUGGCUUGGAUAUUUACCUCACACAACUCAUCUUUGGCGUUGCUGAAAUUCCUGCUCGAAUGGGUAGCCUGCCCCUCAUUGAGCACUUUGGGAGGAGAAUCUGCCAAGCAAUUGCCCUGUUCUUUGGAGGCACAGCUUGUCUAGUGAUUCUAGUAAUUCCAGCAGACUUUCCAAUUGUUGUGACCAUUAUUGCUGUGUUGGGAAAGUUCGCUCUUGCAUCUUCCUUUACCAUUGUGUAUGUUUACACUGCUGAACUGUAUCCCACUGUAGUCAGGCAGAAUGGAGUAGGUUUAAAUUCCAUGUGUGCUCGUGUAGCUGGUAUCCUGGCUCCUCUUAUCAGACUGCUGGAGGUCUACCACUGUGCCAUUCCCAUGCUCAUCUAUGGAAUUCUUCCCUUUGUUGGUGGUGGACUUUGUUUCCUGCUGCCUGAGACCCUUGACUCCGAGUUGCAGGAUCUUGUAGAAUCACAGAAAGAUAAGGACAUAAAGACAAGUAGUUCAGAAAAUGGACCAAUAAUGGAUAAAGAAAUGGUGAUGAAAAGCACAAAAUUGUAACCCACAAUCAAUUCAUUUCUACUGAAAAUACAAGAUGUUAUAUAGUUAUAUUUUUCAGAAAUGUCUAUUUAAUUUGUUUUGAUUUAUCAUAUUUAACUACCAAACAUGUGAUAGCCUAUGUCUGAUCUCACUUUAAUACAACUGUUUUUACUUCAAUAAAUUAAUCUUCUAUAAAAUGUGCAGACAUCUUACCUAAGGUUAUGUAAUAUGGGCGCUGUGGGCCGGCUGUCACCUAUGUAGCUCUCAAUGAGCUAUUUUCCUCUGGGCCUCUUUGGAUUUGGUUGUGUGGAGUGGUGUGAAAAACUUCAUCCAGAUGGCAAUCUAUAAAUCAAAUACUGACAAUAAAAUACAAAUAAAUCCAUUAUCUGUGGCCAUCUCAGAACUGUAAUAAAUACGACCAAUCAUU